AUGGCGUCAAGUGUCGCCCCUGGUGCGGAUAACGCUCUGCCAACGCCGGCCGAAGAGAUUGCUAUCUCGACGACGCCGAGUCAAUGCGUCGAUGCGAACGAGGUGCCUCCCCAUCGAUCCCACGAUCCCGCCAAAAACUUGAAGCGAAGUGAUCCUUUCCAAUUUGGAAGCCGCUAUCUGGGCGAAGAGGACGAUGUGUUCGAGUUCAAUGCCUGGGACCACGUGGAGACGGACGACGCGUACAAGGAGUACGCUGAGCGUCAGUUCGAGAUGCAACGCCAGGCGCCCGUCUCCGACUUUGACAAAAACAGGUUCAAUUCUGAUCCGGCAAAGUGGUGGAAUCUCUUCUACAAGAACAAUGCUGCCAACUUUUUCAAGAAUCGCAAAUGGCUCCAGCAGGAAUUUCCCAUCUUGGCUGAGCUAACCAAAGAGGACGCUGGGCCGGUGACAAUGUUGGAGAUUGGUGCGGGAGCCGGUAACACGGCGUUCCCUGUCUUGGCCAGCAAUAAGAAUGCACACUUCAGGUUGCAUGCCUGCGACUUCUCCAAGACGGCGGUAGAGGUAAUGCGCAGCCAUGAAGCGUACGACACGAAGCACAUGCAGGCCGAUGUGUGGGACGCAUCUGGCGAGGCGCUCCCUCCUGGGUUGGAAGAAGGAUCCGUAGACGUCGCUGUCAUGGUGUUUAUUUUUUCUGCCCUGUCGCCGAAUGAGUGGGCACAGGCUGUCCGAAAUGUGCACAGACUGCUGAAGCCAGGUGGCCUGGUCUGCUUCCGAGACUAUGGGAGAGGAGACCUGGCCCAAGUCCGUUUCCGAAAGGGGCGGUACCUGGAAGAGAACUUCUAUAUCCGCGGCGACGGAACUCGAGUCUACUUCUUCGACAGGGACGAGCUGGCCGCGAUAUGGUCCGGCGCAGGCUCACCAGACGGGGACGAGUCCGAGGUGCCGAAAUUCGAAGUGGAGGGCCUAGGCUUUGAUCGGCGACUGCUGGUCAACCGAGCGCAGAAGAUCAAAAUGUACAGGUGCUGGUUGCAAGGGCGCUUUAGGAAGAAGUAG